UAUACACAGUCUUUAACAAGCUGAUAGAACUGUUUCGUAUUGCAUUAUGUGGACGAUAUGCAUUCUAAAAAUAGAAUCGGUUUUUGUCGCAUGCUAAUUAUAAACUGUAAAACUUUUCAGACUGCGAUCAUUGGUCUGUGAGCAAAGCUGCAUCAUUUUUCUCCAAGUUCAAAACUGAAAUCAAAAUUGACGAUAUUCCAAAGUAAAGAAACUAUAAAACUAUAACUACCAGCAAAAAUGGCAUCAAAUGCUAGUGAGCAAUAUGAACAAGAGAAUCGAAAUGAAGCGCAGUCACACCGUUGUACUAAUUCUGUUCGCCAUUUUGACUUUAGGUAUAGCACUAACCCUUCUACUGACCGAUCAUAGCCGAAACAAAAACAAUACUGCUGGGGCGGCCCCUCUGUCCUCGCCUGAUGCCCCCGCUAGAUGGACCAACCCCUGCAACGCAACGAGGAAUUUCAGUUUAGGAGAUUUCACAUUUCCUGACGUUUCGGAGUUCGAAAAAAUUCAGAGAAUAGAAGAAAAACUGUUGGCCGCUAAGGAUAUAGCAAACAAUCUGCAGACAAAGAUGUCUAAGGAGCGCAUACGUAGUCCGUCACUAGAGGUGUACGUGGAGUCACACCACAUAGAGAACUUCCCACAAACCACCAUCACUGACCAGGAUCUGGAAAUCUACAAGAAAAAUGUAACCCUGGCAUAUGUUAGAACCUAUCGAGAUCUUUCGGUCGUUGCGGCGUUCCUAGAGGCCAUCCGAAAAGAUGAGGUGACGUUUGAACACGGAAGCUGGCUGUCGACAUUCAGCGAGAACGAGGAACAUAUCUACCGACUUCUGUGUGAGGUGCACAACGCUAUCAUCAUCAGUGGCGCCACCAUCGAAUACGAAUCACGUGACAUUGUUCCUGAGAGCAUGCGCAAUAUGUUCGACCGGACCAUGAGGUACAUGCGCGACUAUAUCAUCUUGAGAGACAGUGUUAAACUGUUACAGAGUUUCUUAGACAUGAACGAAGUCAUAUUGAGUUCCCUGAGCAACAGUUCAUAACCACUAUGUAACUCCUCUAGUCCAAACAUUUCCUUACAAAGGCAGCCUACACCAAGGAAGUUCACCAUUCCAUUUCAUUACAGCUAAUAUUCGCUCAUGAAAUUCAUACGCUGACUUAUAAAUACUAGUAUCUGUUAUCAUCUGUCUCUUUCCCUUACAGAGACCUUCAGAUUUAAAGUGAGCUUAGUGCCAAAAAAAGCAUAAAUGAAAAAAAAAUGAUAAAAAUUUCAGUUUUCCUGUAGCUGGAUAUUUUUUUGUAUUGCAAAAUGACUGUUAAAUUCAAAGCACUAUUGUAAUGAUGUGGGAGGGGGUAGUAUUUCAAUUCAUGUGUUUGUUCAAAUCAUUGUUAUAACAGUUAUGUUUUCUUUGAUCUCAUCGUGUUUGUGUUUUUACGUUGUCCAAACUCUCUGUGAUCUGAAUCUAUUUCACUGCCCUGUAAAUAAGACAAACAGUCAGUGUGAUCUGCAUCAAGAACGCUUGGUUAAGUGGUGAGAUAUAGACUGUAAGUUCUCCAUUCCAUGAUGUACAGAUUUUAUUGUUUUAAUUUUAUGAUCGUAUUUUUAUCAUAGUCAAGUGAUCUGAUUUACAGUAGGUUUAUUUUUUCUAAGAUUUUUUGAUUUAUUAUGUUAGUUUAUCAAUGUUCACAUACUCAGUUGAUUGUAUAAGUGAUGAAUAAGAUUAGUGAUAUAAUUUAUUAUUGAUUGGAGAAUGUUUAUAGAGCGAUUGUACUUUAUUAAUGAAUUUACAUGAGUUAUGACGAAAAAUGAAGUUUGAAUUUGUACAAUUAUUCCUCAAUUUUUUUUUUUAUUGUUACAAUGACAAUGCAUUUAUAUUUUUAUAAUAAAAUACGCAGUUCAGCAAAGUUAAUUCUUUAUUUAUUAACUUUUAUUAAUACGGUUGAAUAAUCCAAACUCUAUUGAUUCAUUCAAUUCAAUUUAUUCUCUCAAACCAUUAACAUUCAAUGGUAAAUCAGGAACCUACACAUAUUUACGUUAAAUAGUUAUAUCAACAGUCUAAUAAAUCAUAUAUAUUAUAAUUAAUACUAUACAACAAAGAAAUACAUGCGUCAAUAAACAUAAAUAAGGAAAAAAUAGGUGUAAUACAAAAAGUGAUAGAUAAAGUUGAUGAUCACUUUCAUUGGUAUUCAUUACGCUAAGAGUAAUAAUAAAUACUAAAAUAGUUAAGGCUUGACAGCAGACUUGCUCCUGGAUGUUUUAAAUAAAAGAGUUUAAUGUUUUCAAUGCUUUUAUGUCUGAUGCCGUAAACAGUUCCCUUUAUAAUGUCUUUGGUUUGUGACAAUACCUGGUUGGUAGGAAUUGUUUACGUAAAGUUGAGAGGGCUUUGCCCUCAAGAACAAAGCUCUACAUCUGUUGCUUGAGUUUUUUUAACGUCCACUGACCUUUACCAGGGUGGUGACUGCUAUCUUCAUUAGACACCCUAUAUGGAGAAUUGUAGCUCACCAGGAUAUGAAGCACAUAAUUUGAAAAUCUCUGAAGCUUUAAAUGAAUAUGGGUACAUUCUAUUCGUUUUGUUUAAAGAACUAUAAUAUGUUGCGGAUGUACAGUAUUAAUAUUAUAU